AUGGAGUUCACAGUAGGAACUAUGCAAAAAUUAGCUGAACUUCUUACGCCACCGGAACCAGAAGUUAUACAAGGCGACGAUUUGCCGUCUAAAGGUUUUGAUAUAUCUGCGUCUAGAAACGAAGCUCCACCAGUGGAGAAUAAUAAACCUAAAACAAUAGAGGAAUACGAGGAGGAAGAAGCUAAAGAACUUGAAAAGUUAGGACAAGUCGGCUCAGGUUUGGGAGACCGUCGAACUCCUGAAUAUACUAUGAACUAUCAGCAAUCAGUCUCUGCUGAAGAUGUAUAUUUGCAGAUUGGACCGAAGACUCCCAGCUCCGCCAGUUGUGAGAACCUUAUAGUAAGAAUUAAUUUGCCUGGUGACAAGAAGGAGAAUGUUGAUUUAUCAGUGAACAACACGAGCGUAACAGUCAGCUCUCCACAAUAUUUGCUGAAGUUACCUCUGCCUCAUGGAAUUGAUCCGGACCGUUCCAAAGCCAAUUGGGAUUCAGACCAAGAAACAUUAAUGUUGACCCUUAGAUUAGAUAGAGAGUUUGACUUUGUUAACUUUUAG